UUCGUGUCUCUACGAGAACAUUGAUUUAGCUCGGAAAAAUAAAAGGUCGGAAAGUGACCCAAACUCUACGUACAUGGUGACAGCGGCCCGGGAGAGGGGAUUCCAUAGAUUAGCCUACAUUGUCGACUCAAACUCACAUAUUUGCAGAAGGUUUAUUUGGCUAUUGUUGCUGUUGGGGAGCCUGGGGUUACUUGCGUACCAGCUGAUGGACCGAGUGGUGUUCUAUCAAACCUUCCCCAGCCACAUCAGUCUGGAGACGCGCUACCCCGAGCGACUAGCCUUCCCCUCUGUCACCAUCUGCAACCUCAAUCAAUUCAGGUUGACAAAAACAGUGGAUAAUAAUGUUUAUAGUGUGCUACAUAAUUUACAUCACCAACGAGAGUUACCGGGGAGUACGUACAUGGUGGACGGAAAUAUUAGCCUAAAAAAGAACUACUCCGUUUUCCUACGUGAAGCGGCACAUCAAAGAGAAGACCUCAUUAACAGCUGUAGAUGGCAAGGAGAGGCUUGUGACUGGAGUAAUUUUAGCCCGGUCAUCACUGAUUUCGGCCUUUGUUACCUGUUUAGGCCUCCUCCAGAGAGCAGAUAUGUCCAAAGACAAGGCGCCUACAAAGGAUUAACUUUGGUGUUGAACGUGGAGCAGUAUGAAUACCUCCUGGGUCCGAAAUCCGCGGUUGGUGUCAAGAUAGCUGUUCAUGAUCCGGACGAGAUUCCCAGCAUGCAACGCUACGGUAUCAAUGUGCCUGUAGGACGCCACACAGCCAUUGGGAUUAAAAAAAUCAAGCAUGAAUCUCUUCCUCAACCGCAUGGAAGUUGUAGGCCAAUCAAACGCUACUCCAGAGACUUCGGCCCCAACAGUUGUUUCUAUACCUGUCGGCGCAAGGCAGUGAUGGCGAACUGUGAAUGUUCCAUGCCAUAUACGUAUGCUAAACCAGGUUAUCUGCGCCAAUGCCAGUUGAGAGACUAUGUAUCCUGCAUCGCCAGACCGUUGGAUCCCAAACUGGACAACUGUAGCUCCAACUGUGCCAUGGGGUGUCACAGGAACGAAUACGACCCGGUAGUGUCCGAGGCCGCCAUGUCAACGUACGGCGCUGAGAGUAAGGUCUUACAGCUAAGGCACAAGGCACCCCUGGAAGAAAAACUGCGCAAGGCAAUGGACAUGUAUCACAGAGAAGAUGAUGUCAUUUACGAAUACGACAAAGAUGUGCUUGCCAAGCUCUCACAAAGAUUAAAAAGCCGAGACACAAACACAACCAUAUUGUCCGGAUACCUUCAGUCCUACAACAAGAAAGAGGAGACAUCGCUCAAAAGGCUGGAGGACUCAUUUAAAAAGCUUAAUGACUCUGUGAGAAUCCAUUACACGUUGUUUAAACAAUCCAGCCAUACGGCCUUCACUUUGUUUGUGAAUCACAUGGAUAAUAUACUAAAGGAGAUUGUAGACCUGGAGAGUUCUCUACAGCAAGGAGAGAGCAUUAUGUCCUUAAACCAAACUUUACUAAACGUCCUUUGGAAGCUGGACCAGUUGAUCGACGUAAACCCGCAGCGUCUCCAUUCGUCUGAUCCCAUGCUCAGCGAGAUCACUGAGAGUGUGGAAGCUUUUCAAAAAGAUCUUCUCGAGGAAUAUGGUCAAAGUUACGAGGAGUUUAAAGCCAAGAAGGGCUUUUAUCAAAGGCGGACGUCAAGGAUUUUGAACAUCACUGGGUCUAUGAAAAAAAUCCUUACACGGCAGUAUUACUUAAUUAGAAACACGACUUUAAAACUGAGCGCACAUGAGGCUAGAACACGUGACAACAUCGAUACGUUUUUCAGAGAUAUAAAAUCCUUGUUAGACAAUGAAAUGAAAACUUUCAACGAUGAGCUGAAAUCCCUAAGUAAUUCCUAUGUCAGCGAUCGGGCUGAAAUUUUAGACUUUUUUCAAAACCUUGCUGAGAUCAGCGGCAAUUUCUCAAAAGGCAUGGAGGGCGUGAACCAAGACUUGACAUCUCUUGACACUCUCUCGUCUGAACUGAGGAAGAGGCUUACCACUGUCCGAUCUGAACUGGCCAAACUCAGUAACGACUAUCUUACAGGAGUUCACAACAAAAGCGACCUGGCUCAAAAGUUCCAGAAUACCGGGAUAGGCACCGCCAUUAGCGCUGUUCAGAGUUCUCUCCAAGAUAUACUAAAUGCAGUCAACCAUUUGUCAUCGGAAGGUGCCAAGCUUGCAAAUUCUGUCAAACCCAUUGCGGACCGCAUCAUAGCCUUUGGGUUGAUGGGCCGGAACGAUGUUGAUCUCGACCUUCAGUGGCUGACCUUCAAAGUGUUAAUGGAAAAAGUGAAGCACUUCAUCAAGGACAUCCGAGAUAAUCUCCAGGCCAUUUCGUUAUACAGAGGAGAGCUGAAAGAAUACAUAAAAAGAACAAAAGUUGAUGAAAUAUUUUAUAGAAACAAUUUUCUCCAUAUGGAUAUUUAUUUCAAAGACCUCAGUGAGACGAUAAUAUCACAGCGGCCGUCUUAUACACUACUGGAUCUGAUAUGUGACGUUGGCGGUUCGAUGGCACUAUACCUGGGUGCUAGCGUGCUUACGGUUCUAGAAAUAUCUGACUUUAUGUGCAAAUGUUGUGAUGUAUACUGCGGAAAGAAGAGGUAGUGCUUUGUGGGGAACCUUAGUUCGUUUAGGGACCUGGAGUUUUGCCUAUGGAUGAAUGAUGUCUGUCCUUCGCGCGUUGUUCCAUAAAAUGGACGCGUUCUGUGUACUGUGGUUAUCAUUGUAUAUUCGUGACGCCUGAUUGGAACAGCUGCAAAAAUGGCCUGGCGAAAAGCUUGGAACAUGUGGUUUCAGUCAGAAUAGGUAUUCCCACGCCUGACUUGUCACAUAUAUAUUACCUAUAUAUGACGACAGACUCAACCUCUGCGUGGAAACUGAAACUAUGUCAGAAUUGGUUCAUUGCUGACAGGAGCCAUGUGAAUAAUUGUGCGGAAUAAACCAAGGAAAUUUACCCCGUACGGUAUUCACAGGAAGUGCCAGAGGAUUUAAACAGCAAUGAAAACUUGUCUCUGGAUUGAGGACUAUCACCCAAAUUGAACAUGGGAUAUAAUAUACAUGGUGGAUAUAUCUAUGAACGCUGAAAGCUUUAAACUGUUCAUAACAAAAAUGGUGGGAAAUUAACGAGACGUCACUGGUUAAACACCACGUACAUACAUGUAGAUAUCUAGGGGAAUUUACCAAUGUGAAUUGAAGUGUACGAUAGGAAUGGCUGUUGUUCAGUCUUGUAUGGGGGAAAUGACGCUGAAAUCUGCGAUGUUGAAAGAAAUGUGUGAUUGUAUAGGAUAUAGCCUUGUACGAUGCGCAGGUCUAUUUUAUGUUAAAUCAUGACUUGCUGCAAAACAGGUAUGUUGUCAGAGAAACUGUUGAACAGUAUAUUCUUUGCUAGUGAUGGAAGGGGAAAACGACCAGUGAGUGUGCAUCUAACGGUAACGCCUUACUGUGUCUGGAAAUUGUUUUGUCUUGAUCUGUCUGCGUAUAUUACAACUAACAAUGGAAAAAUUGAACAGAAAUUCGCAGACAAUAAUGAUGAACAUCGGUGGUAGCAACGUUGAUGGGGAUAAAAUGAACUCCCAUCAAAAGCUCGUGUGGAAAGUAAAGGAACCCACAAACUUACCAUUGACGAGACGAUAAAUACAGCUAAACGUGAGAAACUGAUUCGCCGCGAUUUUAAAGUUUAUAUUUUAUUUGUACAUAUAGUGAGAGUUCAGGGUAGUUUCUUUGUAUGUCUGCUAUAUUGUAAGUUUGGUUUCGGACGCUAUUUCAAACAGUGCUAUAUUAGCGGUGUUUUUGCCUUCGACCAACAAGUUGCUUUUUUAAGUUAGGAUUACUAUGUCUACAAACAGAAUCAGUUAUAAACCUAAUGCUGGAUGUACCUUUUUGUUAAGAACUAGGGGUCUCAAACAGCUUUUUCUGAGUCAAUAUUUUAAAAUUGCUUGCAUUUAUUUAUGUAAAUAUGUGUAAAUAUUGCAGAGAGGUGACAAUUGUUUUUGUAUGAUGGAAAUGAUGGAAUAUAUCAACACAACUGAUCGUUAAAGAAGUUGUUCCCCGUAGCAUAAUUUCUAACGUCUUAUGUAUACUUACGUGCUUUGUUCAUAAACCCAUCAUAUCUUGUACAAAAUGAGUACAUCUAAAAGUGACUAUGUAAUGCUUUUUGAUCCAUACAUGCCG